UCUGUAUUCUCAUUAAGUCGUUUAUCAGGUGUAAUCUGUAUUCUCGUGUUAAUUUUGACAGUCGCUGCGAGCCAACGUCUGUUUGCUUAUGAGCGUGGCAAAUGCGAUACAGCCAUAUCGGAAGUGAUAGAAGAUUUGGCUAAAGCGCUCUUCCAUCGCCCAAUGCACGUAACUCAAGCGAGUCUACUUCAAUAUGAUCUCUAUACGCCGUUGAAUCCUCAACAGCGCCAAUUGCUGCAUCCAGGUGAUGUGAAUAUGCUCAAGAGAUCGAAUUUCAAUGCCAAGUGGCCAGUCAGAAUCACAAUUCACGGUUGGACAGGAAAGAGCAGCGCAUGCUACAAUGCAGCCUUAAAGGAUGCAUAUCUAUCGCGUGGCAAUUUCAAUGUCAUCAUAAUGGACUGGAGUCGACAGGCCAUUGACAUUAGCUACGUUCGUGUGUCCAAGCAAUUGCAAUCGAUAGCCACAAGUCUGGCGAAAUUCCUUCGCUUUCUCCACGACAACACUGGCGUACCCUACGAAAGCAUCUAUCUAGUGGGCCAUAGUGCGGGCACCCACAUCGCCGGUCUCACUGGCAAAUUGUUAAAGCCGCCCGAGCGACUGGGUGCCAUCAUUGCUCUGGAUCCCGCUGGCCUCACACAGCUUUCGCUGGGACCAACGGAGCGACUUGCACCAACAGAUGCACUCUAUGUGGAAUCCAUACACACGGACUUGAAAUUCUUUGGUAAUCCAACGGGUAAUCAACUCAGCCAGGCUGCCUUCUUGGUCAACUGGGGACGCGGACAGACGCAUUGUCCGAACGCCACUGCCACCGAAUUGGACUUUGCCUGUGAUCACUUCUCGGCCGUUUAUUACUUCGCGGAGUCUGUGCGACGGCCCAAAUUAUUUGGUGCGCUUCGCUGCAGCUCACUAAAGAGCAUAUUGUCUGGCACUUGUAGCUGCAAGUCGGGUAACCACAAAACGUUGACAUGCCCCGCCGAUGCAUUCAUGGGCGGUGAGCCAGCCAUCCCCAAGAAGGGUGUCUAUUACCUGAGCACGCGACCUAAACCACCGUUCGGCACCGCCGAUGGUCAAGUUCACAUGCAACCACCGAUACCCUCGAGGAUUCUGGAGACAAGCGUCAAGCGAAGACACAUCUGAGGCGACGCGGGCAGCAAAAGAGACGCAUAACCAAAAAUCUAGUAUAGUCUAAGUCAAAAUUUAGUUAAUAUACCCUUUACUUUAAUUUAAGGUGUUUCUAAUUUUACGGUCAAGGUCAAUUACAAUUCAAAUAUGAUAACUCUUUCCAUUCACCUGGCAGAGACUAAUUUAAAUUUGAUGUCCAUAAUUUAAUCAAUUAAACUUAACUAUUGAUUAAAAAGACUAUGUACGAUAUGUGAAUUUAUUCAAAACGAUUAAAUAAUAGUUUACUCAACUUAGAAAGCGUAAUUGACUUCUAAAUACUCUGACCCGAGCACGCUUUGCUGUAAAGAUAUAGUACACAAAUUGAGAGUCUACUCAUUUUUAAAGAAUAAUCCCAAUACCUCAGAUAUGUUCCUUGUUCCUCUACCAUAACUUUGUAAUAUAAUAAAAUCGUACGACUACUUCUA